CCGGCGAGCGGCGAGAGCACCUGCAAAAUUCACGAAAAUGGUGAAGAAGAUGACAAUCCCGGGGAUGGGCGAUAUGCCUGAUCCCGAAUGGAUAUUUGAGUCAUGGUGGCCAAUUAUUUUUGGUGUCACGAUUGGUAGCCUUUACGCGUUCAGACAAUACAUGAGAGGGGCCAGAUGUCUGAGUGAAGCUAAACUUGAAGGGAAAGUUGCCAUUGUGACAGGAGCAGGGUCUGGGCUUGGAAAGUUUAUUGCAGAAGAUCUAGCUUCAAGAGGGGCUCGAGUAUACCUAGCCUGCCACACAUCAGAACAGACAAAGACAGCUGUGGAAAGUAUUAAAGAAAAAUACAAGAAAGCAAAUGUGGUGGGCCUUGUAUGUGAUCUUGCCUCUUUUAAGUCUAUAGAGGAGUUUGUGUCCAGCUAUAGAAAAAAGGAGGAAACGUUGGACCUGCUAAUUCACAACGCUGGCGUAAUGAUGUGCCCAUUGGUUCAGACUGAAGACAAGUUUGAAACUCAUUUUCAGGUCAACUAUCUAGGUCCAUUUUUACUGACCCAUCUGUUACUGCCACUGUUGAAGAAGGUGGAGGGAAGCCGCAUCGUUUGCCAGACAGCUCCAGCUUAUAGCCUUGGCAAAAUUGACUUUGACGAUGUCAACUAUACGGAACGGGAGUACGUCACAAGUAAAGCGUACUCCCAGAGCAAGCUAGCUCUGGUUCUCUUCUCUCUUGCUCUCAGCCGACAGGGCCUGGUGGUAAAUUGUGCAUUACCGGGGAUAGCCAACACCAAAAUCUACCGCCACCUGCCUUUCCAAAAGAACUCUGUUCUUGCCAUCUCCUUUGCCCCAAUUGUCUGGUUCUUAAUGAAGUCUACUGAAGAUGGAGCCCAGACUGGUCUUUACUGCGCAUUGACUGAGCAUGCUGGCAAAGUGUCCGGCAAACUUUUCAAGGAAUGUGCUGCAAUUGAAGUGGAGGAGAAUGCCAGAGAUGAAGAACUACAGGACAAGCUGUUUGCUCAGUCCCUCAAGUGGAUAGGCAAGGACAAGUUUGGAGAGGAAAGCUAAAUGUUACUGGCCUUAGUUAAACACACCAUGUACUUUACGAAAAUGAUAUCCAACAUCCCCUAGUGACUGUUUUGUGUACCCCAGUAAAUAAUGAAAGUAAAAAGAGAGGAAUGCUUGUGACUUGGUAAAAUAAAUGGACACUAAUAUGGGUGAAAAUAGAUUGAAAGAUAGGUAUAUGAUAGUGAUUGAUUUAUAUAUAUACAUAUUUAGUGCUUAAAUGUCUGUUAAAAUAUCUAAAUAAGUUAGAUGGUAACUCUUCCUGAAAAUGUUGUCAGCUAAAACGUAACUCUUCCUGAAAAUGUUGUCAGCUAAAACGUUCAAUCAAAGCAUUUUAGAGAAUUGUUUUCUUUAAACAGAUAGGGUGCUAUACAAAUAUUUCAUAAUAUUUUUUUGAGUGUUUGUCCUAGAACCUAUCGUUUGAUAUAGUCAAACCCAGUCAGAUCAAAAACAUAUCCUACACCUUAUGCAUAUAGGAAAGGCGGUAGAAGGAUUUUUCAUUGUCAUUAUGUGCCAAACCUGUAAUCAGGGGGCUGUUUGUUUAUGCGGAACAACUUGUCUUUCCGUUUAUAAAUAUAACAUUUUCGGGUAUAAAUCCUGGCAGACCUGCAAAUGUUUAUGCAGGCCUUGCAAGGCUUGGUCAAGGCUUGCCUUAAAGCAGCGUCAGAUUAUUAGGUCCGACCUUAUUUAAUAAACAAACAACUUUGGUCCAACAGGUUCAACCAUUUGGAUCGCGAUAAUUGAAAACGGCCAAGGGACCUGUUCGUUUAUGAGAAACAACCGGUUUGUCUGUUUAUAAAUGUAAUAAAUGUAUAAUCCUGGCAACUGGUAAAACAGCCCUGGUCAUUUAAGGGAGACCAUGCUGUUGGCUGCUUUAGACAGGUGACCGCCUAUCCCAGGUUAAAGUAGAAGAUUUAAGAGGAUCUUAUAUUAAAUCUUUAUUGCUGUACUGAAUUUGGGUAAAACUUUUCUUAAUGGAAGUUGAUUUGAGGUGCAAUUGUUGAACUUGAAGGAGAAAAAGAGAUUGUUUGUGGAUUUUGAUUAAACACUAGGUUAUUCAAAUACAGCAAGCCAAGCUUCAAAAUAUAUGAAGAGAUACUGUAGAAUCAUUUAUUUUUGUGGGGUUAAAGUUUCGUGGUUUUGAUAUACUAGCCUGUUUCAAGGACAUUAUAUUUCGCUGAUUUCUGAUUUUCCCCUAUCUAUAUCAUACCAAAUUUAUGUAUUCGUGGAGAAUUAAUUUCCUGGUUUCUUGUUGUCCACGAAAUAAAUGAAAUUUAAUGUUUUUACAGUAAUCAUUACAUUAGAAUACUUCAUUUGUUGUUAGAAGUAUAUGAGAUUAGUAUACAUGAUAUCUUUGUUAUAAGUGAUGCUGUAAUUCUGUCUACAUAUUUACUUAGUUAUUAAAUCCUUAUAUUCUUUCAUAGAUGAUCCCCUCAUUUGCAAGACUAAUACAGUAACUGUCUACCAAGCGGUUUGCUUUGCCAUUACAAAUUAGCAAAUGUGUAAGGAACUACAGUGUUAUUUGUCAAAAUUGCAUCUCAUAAUUGUG